AUGGAGACUUUGUACCCCAUCACUUCGCUGACCACAGAGAUUGAACUGUCAACAAACGAGAUGAGACCCCCUCUGCUGCGAGCGUACCGGGAGCAAAUCAACAAGACAAUUGCAAUAACGAACGACAUCCUAUCUUUCAAAAAGGAAAUUGAAAAGAAGAAAACCUCGAACCUCGUCUUUCUUAUUUAUUUCGAGUUGGUGAAUGAAUCGUGGCGUCUCAAGGCCAAAGUCCUUGCCCUCACUGAGGAACAUUUACAUCGUUUCGUCGAAGCGUGGGACUUUUACGCGAUUGGAUUUCUCCACUGGAGGUGCGAGGGUCGUGGGAACCUACCUUACUUCUAUGGCCUGGACGUGAAAGCUCACCUGGCUGACCAACUUUCCAGUCUUGUUACCCCUCGCUAUGGCCUGGACGCAUUCCUUCAGGAAGACGGCACGUUUAUUGUGUCUCUCAAUGACAAUUUCUCAUGA